GAAACGAAAGGAUAAAGAAUACAACUGCGUAAAGAACAGCCGGCUGUGUUUAUUCCAAAACAGUGAAUUGAUCCGUGCGUAUCUUGUAAUAAUUUCUUGAUUACCAUUUGUUGUCCUGCUUACAUAAUCCUAAAUUUCGUCCUGCUAAAUAUUAAUGCCGACAUUAUUCUUAAGAUUAUGGCGGAGAAUGACUUAAUAAACACAGAAACGACUAUUCAUCAGAGCAAGGAAUCCGUCGAUGCAGAUGUGGAAAAUUUAGUGUAUGAAUUUUUAAGAGAUCGUCUUAGAAAACGCGGAUAUAAUUUUCCUUUGCCGGAAAAACGACGGAAUGCGAGACGUACAAUCGAAGCCGAUGUCGGCACUGCUUUGAGACAGUUAGCUGAUGAGUUUAUAUCACAGUACAGAGAACAAUUCAAUGAAAUGUGCUCACAACUGACUUUGACUGUCGAUACUGUGAAUGUUACAAUUGAAGGUGUGGCUAAUGAACUUUUCGGUGAAGGUAUCAGAUGGGCCCGCAUUGUGGCCUUUUUUGUAUUUGGUAGCGAACUGGCCAUACACUGUAUCGACAGAAACGCCCAAGAAUUAGUUAAUAUCCUCGCAGAUUCGAUAUCGAGUUAUGUGACGAAGACACUUUUGCCUUGGAUUAAGCACCAUGGCGGAUGGUCUGGCUUAGUACAGUUUAUGGAAGAAGGAAGGAAUGUAGAAGGAGAGACUGGUGGACGGUGGCCCUCUGUGAAGAAUCUAAUUUGCAUAGGGAUGACCGCCGUCGGAGCAAUCACUAUUGGAGCAGUCCUUAGUCGAACCUAAACACGAUCACCAUUUAUAAAUUGAGUUUUCUAUUAGCCGUCAGUCACCCUUUCAUUAACAGAAGCCAAAUGAUGUCGAAUUUCUCCGUCUGCUCAUCUCUUAAUUACAUUAAAAUACCCAAAAUAGAAUUUUUAUUUCUUUAUUUUCAUUAUUUUUUUUAGAAUUAUUUUUGGAGUAAUUGAAAAAGGCAGAUGCCAUUAUUAAGAACAAAGUAUUGAACUUUCAGAUAUAUAUAAAAAAUUAUUGUUUACUCUAUCGAAAUGAAAAAUGGUUAAUAUCCAAAUUUGUUUUACCCAUGGAAAUAAUAUUUGGCUUCUGCUAUGGAAAGGGAUGACUGAUGCGUCUGCACCCCCAUAAUAACCCUCAGUGGUUAAACGUGAAUUUGGAACAAUGGAAAAUGAAUCUCAAAACCUUGCUGUUUGUUUGAAAAUUACUGAGAAAAAAAUACCUCAUCGUCUUGAAGCUCAUAGAAAAUUUUGAAAAAUUGUACGUGUUGAAAGUGAAAAUCUAUAUACGUAAUAUUUCCUAUAGUGUAAAUGUGAGAUCACAUAUGUGAGGUUAUUUUUUACUUUUCAAACAUUUCUUUAAAAAGAAAAUAUGGUUAACUAUGCAAUUUUUAAGGUUCGUAAAGUGCAAAAGGAACUCUUAUGUUUGUUAUUUUAUAAAAUUCAGUAUUAAAUGGGUUUUGUCUUGAAUCAAAACCGUAUGUGUGCGGUCAAAUCAAACUGAAUUUUUUUUUUAAAACUUAAGUUGUACAUUCAAGUUAGUGUCCAUGUGUGCAAUCUAGUUAAUGUGUGUGAACAGAUGUGUGUGUUAAUAAUAGUUAAUCAAGAUUUAUUUGAAUUUGUGAAAUUAAUUAUUAAAUGGAAUGAGUACAAUUUGAUCCAAAGAUUAAUUAAAUUGCUUUCUGUUCACUUGAGGCAGCUUACUUUUCCCUUCAAGUCUAAGAAUCAUACAAGCCUAUUCUCGGUGCAAGCGAUUAAAAAUGUCAAUGAUAGAUGACGUCACAUGUUUGUGACGUCAUUCUGACGGCUGGAGUAAAUCGAAACGUUGUAUUGCUUGUUCCGAGAAUCGGCGUUGUUAAUUUUCAUCUUUUUAUUCAUUGUUCAUUUCAUUAUUGUAUAAUGGCUUAAUAAUUGUCAUAUUUUUUAUGUAAAGGACAACGAUGUCUUGUCUCCUAACAAUUUUAAGCUUUUAAUAUUCUUAAUUCAAAGAGUUGGAGUUUAUAUAUUUUUGAUAAUUCGUUUAUAUUUUACAAUCAGUUUUAUUUGUGCGAUUUUUUUUUAAAAAAUCUAUUAAGCAUUCAAAGCUUAGUCUGUGUACAUAGAUUGUAUAUUAUUUUGCCUUUUGCUAUGCAUCAGGUGUUUGUGUACAUAAAAUGGAAAUGUAUGAUUGUGAGCUGAAUGUCUUGUCCUAUGUUCUUAAUAAAAAAUUAUAUGAGAAAUUA